UGUUUGGGAGUGUAGAAAUUGGAUGCCACGUAGUCGAGGGGGGAUUCAGACUGGAUUCCGCUGGAAUUCAGACGUUUUGUUACUUUUUCUGCAUAACAAACUAGAGAACAUCCCGCUCUCAGUGUAUUGACAGAUAUCUGACGUAUUAUUUAGUUUGAAAUGAUGCUGGAAUUUUGGCUGUGCUUACUUUCAGCUCUGUUUUUGUGCCUUCAUGGCGCAAAACUUCCGGAACCGGAGGUGAAAAUUGAAGUUUUGUACAAACCUUUUCUGUGUCAUCGAAAAACCAAAUAUGGGGAUCUGCUUCUGGUGCAUUACGACGGAUUUCUGGAGAGUAACGGGACAAUGUUUCAUUCCAGCCGUCAAGAGGGUGAUAAACACCCAGUAUGGUUUACCCUGGGGAUCCGGGAGGUGAUCAAAGGAUGGGACAAGGGACUUCAAAACAUGUGCACAGGCGAGAAAAGAAAGCUGACCAUCCCACCAUCUCUGGCAUACGGCAAGGAAGGCAAAGGAAAGAUCCCACCAGAGAGCUCCCUGAUCUUUGACAUAGAACUCAUAGAGAUCAGGAAUGGCCCCAGGUCGCAUGAGUCAUUUCAGGAAAUGGACCUAAAUGAUGACUGGAAGCUCUCCAAGUCUGAGGUUAAAGAGUAUCUGCGUAAAGAGUUUGAGAGACAUGGAUACCCUCCCAAUGACACUCAUCAUGAAACUAUGGUAGAAGACAUCUUUCAACAGGAGGAUGAUGAUGAGGAUGGCUUUAUAUCUGCGCGAGAAUUCACAUACCAACAUGAUGAAUUAUAAAAGAAAUAAGUUACUCUCUUGCCAUUAGCAAUGAUCAGUGUUAAAAGAGAUGUUGUAUACAGCCUGUUAGUAUUGGUUUACAUUUAUAUAUGACAGCCUUCAGUAUCUGAAAAUGAUGAUUGCUGUUACAGUUCAUGUAAACAAGCAUCUGGGAGCAGUUAAGUGUUAAGGCCUGCUGAAUUUCUUCUUGAAAAUGACACAAAAAUACUUUUUGUCUCAAAAGAUCUAUCAAAGUCAACCAUGAUCUCAAGUACACUCCAAGAACUGUGAAAUUGUGCCUUUAACUGAGAUAUGGCACAUUUAGAAGAUGUUUAAAAUAAAGCUGUACAGUAC